UCUAGAAAAAUACUUCUAUAGAACUGGAAUUACAUUUCUUGCGGCUGAUGUGCCGCUGCACUGGCGGCCGAGGUGUUAGUUGUGCUAUAGUUGGGGUUGGGGAAGGCGUUCAUCACACUUUAGUUAAAAAUACCUUACUUUCUGAAAGAUACAGUCAGUAGCGAAUAUAUACAUUUUUUCAUUGUUACCAGCCAAACUCUGAGACGUAUUUGAAACGACGAAAAGGCAUAAAAGUUUACUAGAUUUGCUGAAAAUGAAGAUGUAAACAAACUUCAGGAAUGUAGGAUCUGACGGACAUGCCGAACAGCGAUGCCAUCUCACUAUUUACAAAAUAUAUACUUAUAUUUCCUACCGUGAGAACAGCGAGCUAUAUUUUUAUUUGCUAUUGAAAACCACUUUUGCAUAUUACGUCAUCACUUGAAUAAUUUAUCUUGAAAGAUAUUACGAGUAUCCCACCUUCUUCUGUGAACAAUGGACUCCCGACCAGGAACGCAGCCGGCCACGGUUCCGCCUGCCACUGUAAUUGUUGUCGAACGAAACCGGGGACCCCCUUAUCCACCUUAUAUGCAGAGGGGGACCAAGAUGUAUGGCAUGACCGUGCGGGCUGGAUGCAUAACAGUUUUCCUUGUAUUUGGCAUCUUCUUUCUCCUGCUGGGAAUUUUGCCGAUAGAGGCCAUCAUUUUAGCCGAUUUGUAUGCCAUAGCGAUUCCAAUCUUGAUCAUUUUAUGGUCCAUAGGAGUCUUCCUGAUCUACAGUUACAUAAAGGCGAGGAGGAAAUCAUUGCAAGAGUUCAAUGCUCUUCCAGAUGACCACCCUGACCGUUUAAAGUACAGCAAUGUCUAUGUGCCCGGCGCUGCACCCGGGCAGUACCCAGUGACCAACGUCUACCACUUCCCCGCCAACGCACAAGGCCCAAGUGAUGGCAGCGGCGGUCAAGGAGCAGCAAUGGUGUCAGGACAUCCGGUAACCGCAGCUUAUCGACCGGGGCAGCUUGCAUCACCGCAGAGGAACCUUCCACCUUCAGAGGGGGACCCACAUCCACAAGGAUUUUAUUCAGUUCCUCAAGGUCCCUCUGCUCCUCCAUUACAAGAGCCCGAGAGGAAAUUCAGCGAUGACCCUCCGCCGUAUUCGGAAAUUUAAAAGGUUUCUAAAUGUCAGCAUUAAUAACCAUUUUGUAAUAUGUUUUGCCGGAUGAAAAUUAGCAUUAACCCUAUGUAUAAAUACUAUGUUGGUUAUCUGUUUAUUCCAAACGAACUUUACUACAUCAAACAAUUAUUGUGAAAACUUAAAGUAAUUAAUGUAUUACCAAGAGCGAAAGAGAGAGGGGAGGAAAAGGAAUGAAAAUAAUGAAAUUCGGUUGAAAGUUUAGUUUCUUUAUAUGUACACAUGUAUAUGUAUAGUCACUAAUAACCAUAAUUGGAGCGGGUCUUCAACUAACCAAGCGCAAAGGGCAUUCUGCACCUCGUUCAGGUAUGAGUGAGCAUCACGCCAACACAAAUUUAUUCUUACAUGCACCGUGCAGUCCGUCCAUUAUCAAGUUAAAUGUUCUAUCUGCCUGAAUGUUACCUCUGGCAAUGUUACUUUUCGCAUAAAUACGAGUAUUUGGACUAUA